CUACAGUGAUGUUUCAAAAACACUAAAAACUGAACAACAAAACAACAAUAAAUAUUAUUUUCGUGCAACGCAUUAGACAUUCGAGCAGAUGGACCGAAAAAGAUGGCAGAAUUUCGAGCGGUUUUGACAGUUCGCGCGGUGCAGCUGCUCGAACAAGCGUACGGAAGUAAACAAACUUCAAAAAGCAAACCGCCCAACGCGCUUCCCGCUUGUCAGAUAGAUUGGUAACGAACGUUUCCGAAUAGCGACGCUUGUAUUUUGAACCCUUUUCUGAUUGAUUUUCUCGCUGCAAAACAUGGUGCGCACUAAAGUUUCUCGUGCGACUACAAAACGGGCCCAAAAUAGCUCCGAUUCGAAGCUGUACAUCGAAAUGAAGCUCCGAGAUUUCGACGUGAUCUCGGAUUGCCAUCUGACCAACAUCGAGCUAAAAUACCAGAACGACAUGGACAAACUGAAUCGUGCGUUUGAAGUUUUGCGUUCUCGCAUCCCGAAAAAUUUACUUUCACUCACAAUGGGAGAGUUGAGGGCCAUGCAAAAAGCAACAGAAGAACUAAACACAUCAGCACCGCUGAACCAAACUGUUAGUGCUAAUAUGAGCGCACUGCUAGAGAAAUCUUGCCGCAAGAAAUCCAAAGACGACGGUUACCUUACAGAGGAAAGCGAACAGGGCGACACAUACCGGGUUGGAUCGAUGAUGCCUUCGUCGAAGGCACGCUUCGGUCCACUGAUGUCAGCUAGAAUACGGCGACGUAGCAAAUCGACCAGUUCCAUCACAACGCCUCAUGUUAAUCGCUCACUGUACACUGCACCACAAAGUGCAAAGGUUGGUAAAACGCAACCACCGAUCGGUUCGGCGCUUAAAUCAUACGCACCAUGUACGGAACGUGCUUCACGAUCGAAGCAAAAAACGUCCCUAGUGUCACGUCCCAAGGCGAUCAGUGCUGACCGAGGAUACGGGGUGAUUACACCAAAAGUACAACCCUACGCUGCCCUCGCAAUGAUGAGGCACGCAAAGCAAGGGGAAUCGGUGUUCUCCAUUACCGGCAGUCCAGUUGUUACCGCCAAUAUGCUAGAAGCAAGCGCUAACGUUAACAUUCCCGUGUUGAACGGUAUGCUUGCAAUCAGACCAACCGAGCUGGAUGUUGUCGAUGAAUCGCUGCUACGUAAGAUCGAUCCGAAUGUGCUGCUGGAGCUAAAGCAGCUUCAGACGAAUUUGGAUAAAAUUAUGAGCACUCUAAAUAUCUCCUGAUGCAAUCAUCUCGGAACGCGCGCAUUUGCUACUAUUCUGUGUCGCCGGAUGAUUUUAUUAAUAGUUUAAUUUGAAAUCUUGACAGAUAUAUCUGGCCCGGUAUUACUCUCUCGUUCGUAAGCCUUUUCAUGAUAAUUGUUUGAACUGAAUAAAAAGUUCAUAAACGAACACAAUCCCCCGUCGGAUAAACUGCGUUACAAAUGAAAGAACAAACGGCGAAAGACCUUUUUGCCCAUUUCAAACAUAUGUAUUUGGUCCUAUCUUGAUAAAAUACAUGCCAUUUAUUUGCUGCAAUAUAUUAAAAUUCUACUGCACUGCUCUCUUUUACCCGUGCGUCUUCAAUAAUCUAACUGUCCGCAUGCCAAAUCUCCUUUCUAUCGAUUAGACCCAACCCUGGCAUGAUAAGAUUUCCAUGUCAUUCCCCCCUGUUUUUUUUUUUGGAUAUGCACUAGUGAAACUCGCGCCCUGUCGAAAGUGUCAGUCGCAGUGCGUCGAUCGUUCGGGUAUUGUGCGCUAUUUUACCGACAACCGCAAACGAUGGGCAUGCAAACAUCUCUAACACAGCCAAAUUCGUCGCUGAUUGAUCAAGUUACGCUUAUUGUAAAAAUUCCUGCCGCCACCGUGUACAUCAUUUCCCGUGGUCUGAUGCUGAUCGUCAAAACGUUAACACGACUUGGAAGGAUGUUGCAGCGGUGAGCCAAACCCGGAAUGGAAGCGCGUACGCCCGGAAUGCUUUAGUUUGCAGUAAGGUCAAAUAAGUCAAUCAUGCAUGAUAUUAGCCAGCUAGUGUGUAAAG